AUGGCCGACGCCGCCGACCAAAACCCUAAGGACGCCGGGAGCCGCGUCCCCGAGCCCUGGGCUGGCGCCGAUGGAGAAUUCGCCGAGGAGGAGUACGAGUACGAGGACGAGGAGGAGCUGGACGAGCCGGCGGCCGCGGCCCUCCAGCGGGAGAAGGUGCAGUCCGUGUUCCGGCGGCUCUCCACGGAUCCCGUGGGGAUCCGCGUCCACGACGUCAUCAUCAGGGGCAACGCCAAGACGCGGGACGAGCUCAUCGAGGCGGAGGUCGCCGACCUCCUCCGCUCCGCCACCACCGUGCAGGACCUGCUGAGCGCCGCCGCCGACGCCAGCGCGCGGCUCCGCGGGCUCGACGUGUUCGAGGCCGUCAACAUCACGCUCGAUUCCGGCCCGCCCGAGCUGCCCGGCACCACCAACGUCGUCAUCGAGGUCGUCGAGCCCGCCAUCCCCCUCAGCGGCAACGCCGGCGUGUACUCCAAGCCCGAGGCAAAAGCAUGGUCAGUGGAAGGGGCUGUUAAGUGGAAGAACUUGGCUGGCUAUGCAGACAUCUGGGAUGCUUCAGUUGCAUAUGGUUUCGACCAAACAACAGAGGUUGGCGUAGGAGUCUCGCUGCCAAGAUUUAAAUCAAUACCAACACCCUUGAUGGCUCGGGCUUCAUUGUUAUCACAAGAUUGGAUGAAGUUCUCAUCAUACAAGGAGCGUAUACUUGGUCUUUCAUUGGGUUUGCUUUCAACCAGGCACCACGAUUUAUCUUACAACCUUACAUGGCGUACCUUGACUGAUCCGUCACGCCUCGCGUCAACGUCCAUAAGAAGGCAGUUAGGGCAUAACCUUCUAUCUGCAUUGAAAUACACAUACAAGAUUGAUGAAAGGGAUUCACAUAUCAGGCCAACAAAAGGAUAUGCAUUUCUCUCAUCCUCUCAAGUUGGUGGUCUUUGGGAUAACAAAGGAUUGAAAAUUUUUCGCCAGGAAUUUGAUGUUCGUGCUGCCGUGCCUUUUGGAUUCUGGAACGCUGCUCUCAAUGUUGGUGUAGGAGCGGGUGUUGUUUUACCGCUGGCAAGAGGAUUUAUGAAUUCGUCUACACCUGUGACUGAUAGAUUUAACCUGGGAGGUCACAAUUCUCCAGUUUGCAGCCUGGGUGGAAUAUCAUCCUUGCUCGGUUUCAGAACAAGAGGGGUUGGCCCGACAGAACCACGGAGGCUUGUCCCCGGCGAGUCGGAAGAUGGUUCUCCUGCUGUUCCAGGGAGGGAUUACUUGGGUGGCGAUCUUGCUGUUUCCGCCUUUGCUGACCUCUCCUUUGAUCUGCCUCUGAAGGUGCUUAGAGACGCUGGAAUACAUGGUCAUGCGUUUCUCACUGCUGGGAAUCUUGCGAAACUGUCGGAGGGCCAGUACAAGAACUUCUCGCUUGAUGAAUUCCGUCGUUCGUUUAGGAGCACUGCUGGGGUCGGCAUUAUUUUGCCAACUAAACUGUUCCGGGUCGAGGUGAACUACUGCUACAUUCUGAAGCAGUCUCAGCACGACAGCGGGAAGACGGGAAUCCAGUUCAGCUUCUCCUCGCCCUAG